CCAAAACCGAGUCAUUCUGUGAUGAGUCAGAAGCUUUUAAGGACGCCGUGAAUGACCAGGAUAGUACCAACAGGAUUACAGUCACAGCAUUAACGUCUGCCUGGUCUGGACUGUUCCAUGUUCAGUAAAUAAUGGGACCUAAGAAAGGCCGCCGUAACCUGAAACGACCUAAGACAGCAGAAGUAGCAAAGAGACCCAAUGGACCUGCAGACUCCCUGGACAACCCCGAGGGUGCACCCACAGAGGCCCAGUCCAGCAUCAGUGGCACGACUGGUUCCAAUGAGCCCUUCCCUGGAGCAGGACACAGGCUUGGAGAGGGACGUGGACACUCCCAGAGCCUCCCAGUGCACAGAUGGAGAUACAGUGUGAGGCCAGCUGCUAGCUAUCUCCUGUUCCCUCAGACUCAGAUCAAAUGGCCCCGCAUCAGUGAGGGCACACAGGUGUUAAAUAAUGUAAAUCAAGUGGAAUCUAGUGCUGAAAAGACAGAAUUUUUGGAGCCAGUGGACCGGAAGCCGCUGGUUUAUCACAUGGACGCCAGAGGUGAACAGAACACAGAUGCUGGUGAGGAGGACCUCCCUGAGGACUUCUUUCAGGUGACAGCAGAGGACAUCAAGAAACGUUACGCUCAACUCCAGACAGACAGGAGAGCGUUGGAUGAGGCCCCCCUGCUCACCUCAGCACUGAGAGAGGAUAACGUGAUCAAGCAGAUGCAGCGCUACCCAAAGGUGGUUAUCAGAGUAUGCUUUCCUGACAGACAUGUUUUGCAGGGACUCUUCCGUCCAUUGGAGACAGUUGGCAACUUGAAGCAAUUUGUGAGGAAUCAUCUUGUUGACCCUCAGAUCCAGUUUAGCCUCUGCGGCGCUCCGGGCACCCUGAGGAUGGACGACCCCGGCGCUACGCUCUAUGAGGCAAAUCUGUUCCCAACCGCUCUGCUCUACUUCUCCUCUGGUUCACAAUCAGGUGGGAAAAACCUCCAUAUCCAACAUUGUGGACAAAGAGGGCUCACAUUCUCCCCUGUUCAUUUCACACUGUUUCACGGUAGUUUCCUACAUCCAUGCCAUUUGAGUUCCACGGUCUCAGUUGCAGAGGCAAAUGCGGCUACAAAAAGCUGCGAGCCGAGGUCACACACCUCAUCACACACCUCACUUGUUCCGGAAGGGUCUUUUCCGCUCCCCGCGGCCCCGGAGGCGUCGACCAAUCAGCAGAGGCCAGCGGCAGACAGCUGGAGGCCUCAGAAGAUCUCGUCUCGCCCCACACGCCAGUGCUCUGACCCCCCUACCGGGAUGCGCCCCAGGCCAGUGGGCACAGCGGACCGGCGCAUACCCAAGUGGCUCAAGCUGCCAGGAAAAAAAUGAAGAUUUGUUCUUGAGAAAAGUGGCUUUCUCUGUAGGAGUGGAACACUUUCAUCUUCAGAAAUUCAAAUGAGCUUUGUUCUUUCUACCACUCACACUUCUCCCCUUUCAACUGAUUGGAAGGAUUUGGAGUCUAUAAAUUAGCCAUACAACUUGUCUCAAAACAGUCAUAAUGGGUAACACAUUGUUGUUGUUUUUUUAUAUAAUUGUAAGUCAGUGGAUGACCCCUAAGAUUACCUACUUCUUAAUGUGUAAUUUAUUCUAAUGUAGCAAGUAAACACUCAACAGAUAUAACUUCCAAACCACUUCAUUAAUGAGGCUGAAAAUGAAAUCUCUUCACACAACUGAACCUGCUAUGUGAAUUAGCCAAAUGACACAUACUAAAAGGCAAUGGUCACAGAAGGAUAGUUCUGACCUGAAUUUGACCUGAAAAUCAACAAAAAUCAGUUUUUGACAGGGGUAUUGUUUUUGUUUUCUUCAUUUUGCAUAGUAAGUUAAUUAUACAGUUUUUAUAGUUACAGUUUUCAUUUUAGAUCUGUCAAUAGUUCAGUGUAGGAACCUAUAGGAUUUUUUUUGUUCUGGAUCUUUGACGGCUCAGGAGAGCUAAAUGUGAAUUAUUGCUUCAGUGACUUGUCAAUUUCAUCAGUUAUUUCUCUUAAACUCUCAGAGAAUAAAUAAUUUAAGAGAGAAAUGAGAUAAGGCACUUGGUUGUGACAUUUUGCUAUAACUGCCAGGAAAAAAAAAACAGUUUUCAUGUCAUAGGCAGGUUAAAUGCACUUUAUUGUGACUAUAUUUGCCUCAUCCACAAACACCAAGGUUGUCUUGAGAGCAAACAAAGGAUUGAAAUGCAGGUCUGAACAUUUCUGAGAAUGAUUUAUAACCCCUUUGAGAUGUCACUCUAGGGUGAAAUUUAGUACACCGAGUAUAGUCCUAAAUCUCACUUAAAAUUGUAUUGGAGAGAUGAAGGAGAUAAGAUUUCUUCUUAGAUUUUCUUUUCUUAUUCUGGGAAUUCCCUCAAGUCAUUUAGCUUUUUAAGGUGUUUGUGCAUUUACUUGGGUUCAGCACAUUAGAAAUAAGCAUAAAUAUAAACAAGUAUCUGCGGUACAACAAAGUCAAUAAUUACAGUCAACGACAGAGAACCAGUUUCAUUUUGACCACUGUAGUGAAUAACAAAAAGCACAUGUAGCCUACAUGCCAUGCUAUGCCAUGGGUUUUAAAACCAGACAUGUGCAUUUUUUCUUUGAUCAUAAGCAGACAACAAAGUGUCAUACAUAAUUCCCACAGUCCUUUGAAAGACAGAAGGAUGCACAGAUCAAGGUUCAUCGAGGCUUUGGUAAAUGCAAACAUAGGCGACAGGUGUCAAAAUCAGUUACUGAGGAACUUGCACACGCUUCACUACAAUUUCUAUGAUUAGAACCUUUUCUGUUCCGUUGUUUCACACCAGCACACUCAAACACACACUCACUCACUCUCUCACACACUCAUACACACACCCAAUGGCAGCUGCCGCCAUCAGUGACUUAUGAGCACGUCUGUCCAAAACAAGCUGGCGGAUUGGAACUGGAUCAGUCUGCAUCUUGAAGGGGAACACUCUGUGCAGCGAGAUUGCUCCAGACCGUCUGGGCUGCCUGUCGACACCCCCCUUCUUUAAUGUCGGAUCAAGAGGAGCUCAAAGCCAUUACUCUCCCCACUCCGUGCCUAACCGCUUUCACAUGUCUCAUAUCCACCCCUUCACAUGUCACUUGUUCCACUGAGAGACACGGGGAGCAGUGGCCUCGCCUCAGAUUGCCUCCUCCACGGCCUGGUGACAAUGUCUUUGCAAACUAUGACAAGCAAUAAAGCGGACUGAAACGGAACCAGUCUGGGCCUGCUCUGAAAUCCAGCACGAGCAAUAAUUAAAGAGGAUGUUUGCUUUCAUUAUUAGGGAAAUUCUUUAAACCACAUUAUAUUAAGGAAAAAAAAUAAAAACAAAGCCAGUCUGUUA